GAGAGAGAGGGGGGGUCAGUGCUCGGUGUGUGUGUGUGUCUGUGGCUGGCAAGAGAGGCGUGUGUGUGUCUGUGGCUGGCCGAUUGUUCAGUGAACACACAAAUCCGCCGUCUCGCCAUGGCCGCACAGAACGACGAGGUGCAGAGGCAAAUUCACCAGGACUGGGCCAACAGGGAGUACAUCGAGGUGAUCACCAGCAGCAUUAAGAAGAUCGCCGACUUCUUGAAUUCAUUCGAUAUGUCAUGCCGAUCGCGGUUGGCAACCCUCAACGAGAAGCUCACCGCGUUGGAACGCAGGAUCGAGUACAUCGAAGCUAGGGUGACCAAAGGGGAAACUCUGACAUGAGAGGCUUGCUGGGCCCUGGUCAAGGCUUACUCCUGCUGCCCCGCGGGACGUUGGCCUCAUCGUCAUCAUCAGAUGGGAAAGUUGAACUGUUUCCACUUGACUUGCUUUUGCAAUGUUUGCGUGUAUAGCUGUAUUCCAAGCAACCUUUUUGUCAUGGUGAUGUGAUUUUUACUUGCGGUGUAUGCCAAAAAAAGUGUGCCAUUUUACUGUCUGUGUUUUGUGUGCGCUUGUGUAAAGAAAUGCUUUACGUUGCAGAAUGUUAAGCUGCUUAACUGGAAUUUGCAUGAAUUGCCUCUCAUGUGUUCUUGGCAUAGAGAGAAUACCCGUACGUUUGUGUUACUGCAGCCAAAUUUACUGUACAUGAGAGGUAAUGAGAAUACACUUUGAGGGCACAUACCAAUACUCUACUUGAAUUAUGCACAGGAAGUGAGGAUGGAGCUAGUCUUUCCAGGACCAAAAAUACCACUGUGGAAGGUUGCUCACAUGUACGGUAAAUUUAAACAUGUUAGAUAUCUCCAUAGGCGAUGCUUCAUUGUGGACAGUUUUAGUCAUUGUUAUCUUAAAUACCCACGUACCAUUCUCGGUCUACAACUUGUCCUUCAAUGCCAAGGUUGCUGCUACUGCCCAAUUUUACAUUCACUGCACCGUAGGGAAAUUGAAUUGAAAGCACAAGAAAUUAUAAAUGUUUACUGAUCGAAUUGAUGGUGGUGCUUCUUUAGCUUUCUUAUUAACAUUUACAAUGUAAGCUCAGAUUAUGCAAUGGUUUCAAUUGAAAUAAUAUAGCAUAUAAAAAAAUGUGAGUACAGUAAAGAUGUGUGUUUGGUUAAAAUAUAUAAAUACUAAAUUUUAUGGCGAUAUUUUUUUAUACUGCAAAUUAACAGUAUAUCUCAAUAUGUAAGUGGCACUCGCUGUUACAUACACCAUAUAUAUAUAUUUCCUGUUGCACAGGUAUUUUGGUGCCAUAAACACAUUUUCAGAGUUUAUAUUUUAUUUUUCAACUGGAAAAUAUUUGAAAAAUAUUUCAGUCUUGGAAAAAAGUGAAAUGAUGAAUUCAGGGUCAAUUUAGAAAAAUCUUAAAUUGACAGAAUUAGUUUUCUUAUUAUGCAAAGAGAACGGUAUUAUAUUUAUUUGAUGGAGUUAAAGGUUGUACUUGGGCUCUUAGUGCUUGAUGGCAACACCAUUAAAAAAGAAACAAUAUUGAUUCUUGGCACAUGUUCUACAGUUGUGACAACUGAAUUAUGUUUGAAACCUUUACAUUGUUACAAUCUACGCGGUGUCUUUAUUUCACUCCAGUAUAUUUCAUUGUGUUUGGCUUGCGUGUAUUUGGCCAUCAUUUUCGAUCUCAGGUUGAUUUUCUACACUCACUGUUGCUUUGUUUUGCAUAAUAAAUGUUUACGUUCACAAUCA